AAACGACACAAGCAGCGCGUUGUACACUCAACAUGUUGUGUAUUUGAAUGAAGUACAAGCAGCAGCGGGACGUAUUACUGCGUCGUUCAGUCGGCGUCUCGUGGUUUCCUCCCCCCCGGGCUCGGAUUAGGAGCACGCCCCUCUGCCGACGUCAUUCGGCCGGUGGCUCUCAGCCUAUAUAAAGCUCCGUGGCUCCGGAGUUGGCAGUCAAACUUUCAGUCGCCUGACAGGAGCAGCACUCGAAGAGUUCACGAACCUACUGAAGGGAUUUCCUCAUUUCGAGCUCACAUCCCAACACCGAAGUCAAGUUUUGUUUUGGAUCUUUUCCUACUUGUUAUUUCUGUUUUGGGAAACCAUGAUGUUCACCGGUUUCAACACGGAGUGCGAUUCCUCCUCCCGCUGCAGCACCGCCUCCCCGUCCGGGGACAAUCCGGGAUACUACCCGUCUCCUGCGGGGUCCUACUCCAGCAUGGGCUCCCCCCAGUCUCAGGAUUUCACUGACCUGACAGCAUCAAGUGCCUCGUUCAUCCCCACCGUCACGGCCAUUUCGUCGAGCCCCGAUCUGCAGUGGAUGGUCCAGCCUUUGAUCUCCUCAGUGGCCCCUUCUCACAGAGCUCACCCCUACAGCCCCAGCCCCGCCUAUCCCGGAGCAGCCAUGAGGUCUGCAGCAUCCAAGGGUCACGGCUCUUCCAAGAGGGGCAGAGUGGAACAGGCGACACCUGAGGAGGAUGAGAAGAGAAGGGUUCGCAGAGAGAGAAAUAAGCAGGCAGCAGCCAAGUGCCGCAACAGGAGGCGAGAGCUUACCGACACUCUGCAAGCUGAGACCGAUCAGCUGGAGGAUGAGAAGUCCGGCCUGCAGAACGAUAUUGCUAAUCUUCUGAAGGAGAAGGAAAAGCUUGAGUUUAUUCUGGCUGCCCACCAGCCCAUGUGCAAAAUCCCCUCAGAGCUGGACACAGACUUCGCCAUGGCCUCCAUCUCUCCCGUCCUCUCCUGCCCCUCCACCGCGGUGUCUUCCCGGGCACACGCCGCCGUCCCCAAGACGUCCGCCGUCGCGUCCACCCUGCCAACUUUCACUUCGACCUCCAACUCAAUCUUCUCCAGCAGCAGCAGCUCCAUCCCGUCCACCGCCACCGUCUCCAGCAGCACGGUGAAGAUGAUGGACCUGGAUGCCUCCGUCCUGGAGGAGUCUCUGGAUCUGCUGGCCAAGACGGAGAUGGAGACAGUGCGGUCGGUGCCAGAGGUCGACUUGUCCAACUCCCUCUACACGACUCAGGACUGGGAGCCCCUACACGCCGCAGCCAGCAACAAUGACUUUGAGCCCCUGUGCACGCCCGUGGUGACCUGCACCCCUUCCUGCACCACCUACACGUCCUCCUUUGUGUUCAGCUUCCCAGAGGCCGAGACCCUCCCUACCUGCGGCGUCGCCCACAGGAGAGGAAGCAACAGCAACGACCAGUCCUCUGACUCCCUCAGCUCACCGACCCUGCUGGCCCUUUAAAGACUCUUCCAAAAAACAAUAGUACUUCCUAUCAAGCACAUUCUCUUGACAUGUGAGACAGAUGUGCAGAUCACAGGGCUAUGGAAUUGACUUUUACCAGGCUGCAAAAUAUUUAUUAAUUAUUUGCCUUUAUCUAUACUUGCCUAUUACACCAAUGUAGCAAGUUAAAAAGCAUGUUUUAACUAAUACCACCUAGUCAUUUUAAUGAGUUGAUAUAUGAUUUUGAUGGUGCUAGAUAACAAAAGUUGUUGUAGUAUCGAUGUGUGUUCAGAGCAAUAGUUACUAUUAUUGAUCCAGUUUGUUUUUCUGGUAGAUGGAAUUUUGCGAGUAACCGUGAAGCGUUUGUGAAACUUACAAAAAAACUAAAAAACAACUGACCCGUGCUGCGUCUUAACCAUGGUCUGAGUGGUCUAUCUUCGUAUGAGGUUUUCUGUGAAAACGUCAGUGGAUUUAAUUUAUGAGAUUUCAAUUUAUUUUUUUACAGAGCGCGCGUGAAGAUGAAUGUUGUUUGUAAAGAGAUGUAAAUAAAAACAUAGUGAUAUUUAAAUUCAA